CCCCAAUUAAAAUAAUCAAUUUCAUUAAAUUAUUAUUCAUUUUUUAAAUAAAUAAAUAAAAUAUAAUAUAAAGUUUCUGAAAGAGAGAGAGAGAGAGAGAGAGAGAGAGCGAGUUGUAUACGUACACAUAUACAAUAUAUAUAUAAUAGAUGUCGAAGGGGUUGAAAAUGGAGGUAUAUUAAGACCAGAUAUAGAUGCAGAGUUUUCUUCAAGCACCAACAUCCAUAAAACUUUUUUAAUUAAGGGAUUCAAUUCUUCACUCAAGUCUUUUCAGUUUUCUUUUUUAUCUCGGAAAAUAUGUCGGUCUCAUCAGAAAACACAGAGGUUUCCGCCCACAAAUCCGCUAGGUUUUCUGAAAAGCCCAGUUUCUCUCAGAAGUGUAGUAUGUUGAGUCAGUAUCUGAAAGAGAAGGGUAGCUUUGGAGAUCUAAGCUUGGGGAUGGCACGCACAAUUGAACCAAACGGGGCAACAAUGAAUUUUUUUCCAGCUAUGGAAAGCCAAACAUACACAGCAGCAUCACGAGACCUCAAGUUCAUGAAUUUGUUUCCUCAACAAGCUGGUUUUAGUUCCCCUCGUCCUGAGCGAGAAGCCCCCAAGAUGGCAGAUUAUAGUCUGAACAAGCCUGCCACAGGAGAGCUUGAAAGAUCCCAAAUGACUAUCUUUUAUGGUGGACAAGUGAUUGUCUUGAAUGACUUUCCAGCGGAUAAGGCAAAAGAAUUGAUGCUUUUGGCUAGCCAGGAGAGCUCCCACAACCUCACUGCCCAGGCCUCUAACCAGGCAAAGAGCAACAACGCCUUCCCAUUUAACAUGACAAAGAAUCCAUUUGAUUCUGGUGUUUCGGUUCCUCCAAGUCCGACUGUUGUUCCUAACUUCGUCGGUAAAGCAAUUCAGGAAUCUGUUCAGCCGACCCCAAGUCCGAAUGUUUGCGAUCUACCAAUUGCUAGGAAAGCUUCACUUCACCGAUUCUUGGAGAAGAGAAAGGAUAGAAUCAAUGCCAGAGCACCAUACCAAAUCCCAGAAUUAGCUGCAUCAAAGUCAACUGAAGGCAACUCAUGGCUAGGCUUGGCUGCACAGAGAACACAGUAGUUUGAUCUCAUAUAUUAUAUGAAAUAUUAGGCUUUUCAUAAUUUAAGCCUUCUAUCUUUCCGAUUUUGCUGGGUUUAGGUCUACUGCUAUUUUUCUCAGUUCUGUUUUAUUUUCAUUAAUAUAAUAAUUAAUAUAUUUUUUGAACCAUCUGGCUCUGGUGGACUGGAGCCUGGUUUUAGAUCUAAGUAUCUAACUCUUGUUUAAUCUUAGAUUCUGUAAUUAAAUUAUAAAUCAAAAGAUUUUAGUUACUACUGGUA